CACACACACAGCAUCCUCUUACUCUGUGUGAUGCAUCGGUCCCUUAAUCCAGCCGGGUUGUACCUCUGUGCAUUGCUUUACUUUUGCAAUCUGAUGAAUUCCCAACGGAUGGCCAAACACAUUACAUUUUAAAGCAGCAACUUUGGACUCUUUGGACUUUGAGUCAGUGGGAGCUUCACAUCAGAGCCUCUGGUUCAGAGGGAGGUGGGACUCAGCUCCAUAGGACUUGUGGAACGAAUGAUGAGGUCCCAACCAGGCGCAGCGACCAUGCUGCUGCCCAUCGCUCUCUGUCUCAGCCUGGUCCCCAUGUGUUUUGGAGCUGCAAUUCCUGUUUCAUGUGGUUCCAUUUACAAGAGUUUUGCUCAGUGUUUAGUAACACUUGGAGACAGUUUGGUGGAAACACAAAAAGACCAGAGCACGCAGGACAUUGAUGCAAUCUGCAGGUCCUGGAACGCAUUCCACGUUUGUGCCAACUCAGCUCUGGCCGGCUGUCCUGGAGAAGCAGCAGCAGUCUGGGAGUCUCUUAGACAAGAGUCCAGGAAGACACAGUUCUCUGGAAACCUCUACGACAUGUGUGCCAGCCUCACCACCCUCCCACCCAGCACUGUGCCUGCACCCCAAAGCCCUCCCACCUCUGACCAGACCAACCAGGAAACACUUAAAGGGCAAACAAACAAGCACAACCCUACCUUCAGCACACUAUUGAUCCCUGUAUGCAGCACCUUACUUCUUCUGUUCAGGAGUUAGUUUAACCAUCUAAGUCUUUUAAUCAGACAGCUGGUCAUCAGUGUCCUGCUCCCUCUACGAUCCAAACAUAUGAGGGUAAACAGUCUUUACAAAUCAGGCUCACCAUGAUUACAUAUCCAUCCUGGGAACUGGACAUAAUGAAAAAAUAUUUUAGUGCAAAGUGGUGCAUGUGGCUUUAAACAAAUAAGAUGUUGAGAUUAUCACAUGCCUGGCUCUCAGAAAUAAGUUCACACAGAAGUUGCUUUCACGCUGAUAUAAAUAUGUAAAUUACUGGUAACAGAUCAGCUGUGUCACGGAGAGGUCCAAUGUGUAGUAUUUAGGGGGAUAUAUUGGCAGAAAUUGUAUUGUUCAGUUAAAUUUAAUAGGCUGGAGUGACAAACAGUUAAUGUAAGGAGAGAAGAAAAAGACUCUCCUACUCACUGAAGUCACUUAGCUGGAGGACAGAUCUCAGUUAGGUUACAGAUAAAACCUAAUGUUUGCUGUAAACACUUUAUUUUUUUAUCACCACUACAGUAAUACCACAUGAUUUUUUUUUUUUUUUUUUCCGGACAAAAGAGAUUUGAACGGGUGCCAGGUGUUCAGAUGUGCUUGUGAUCCAAUCAGGUGUGAUUCAGAGUAGAGUAUUAUUACAGAGUGAAAAACAGUGUUUUUGUGCAGUUUAAUUCGUCACCCUGUUUGACCGGUUUCAUAUCAGAGAAUUAGAUUUCUGUGUGAGAGAAUCCUCUGCAGUGUGUGCAUGAUGUCGCAAAAUGUCACCACUUGUUUAUUCUGUGUCAUUUCAUGUGGCCCCUUUCAGUGGUUUUCUGAUCCUUCUUUAAGCAGCUGUAUGUUGCUUUUUCUAUUAUGAACUGUUAUGUACAGUAAAGUUUUACUUCUAUCGGUUUAAUAACUUAAAGCAUCCCCUGUGGGGCAAUUAAACAGGAUACAUAGCAGAGCACACGCAUCUCAAUGAAACACAUAGGACACAAUAAUACAAUAGAUAUGUACAAAUUACGAGUGCAUGAGUCAGUGGUGGAGGGAGCGGGAAGUUUCCCAAGUGUUUCCUAAUUUUCAUCCUUAUUAACAGUUGCUGUAAUAUUAUUUGAUGUUGUAUAACUUUUCUUUGAUACUGAGCUGUUAUGCAAUAAUGCACUGCGUUUUAUUCACUGGUUUUCACUUUAUGAAUAUAGUUACUAUAUUAUUUUCCAUUUUUGGUUAUUUGCAUCAUACUCUUUUGUAGACAGCAGUAUAGAGUGGCACAUGCCUCUUUGUUUCACUCUGAUUUUUAACCCAACAAAAAAAACCCAAAAACUUAAAUUAAAGGUUUGCUGACAAACAGUUA